AUGGCAUUUCGCAAGAGCUGUUUCAAGUGCGGCAAUGUGGGUCACUUUGCUGACGUGUGCCCUGAACCUGAGCGUCUCUGCUACAACUGUAAGCAGCCUGGACACGAGUCGAACCAAUGCCCUCGUCCAAAGAGCUCUGAAGCCAAGCAGUGUUAUUCUUGUGGUGGUGUGGGCCAUAUCCAAGCUGAUUGUCCUUCCAACGUGCGUAACACUGGCAACACUACUACUACCAACAACACUACUACCACCACCACCAGCAACGAUGAAAACAAUGACGAUAGCAACGCUAUAGCAACCACCAGCACAAACUAUGGUGAAGGCCCCCGUUGCUACAACUGUGGACGUGUAGGUCAUAUGGCACGUUAUUGUCGUUCAAGACCUCGACGUGGUGGUUUUCGUGGUGGACGACGAGGUGGUGGUGGACGUGGAGGUGCAAUGAAUGGCAUGACGAGUCGCGUUGUUUGUUACAAUUGUGGUGGACCCAACCAUUUUGCCCGCGAUUGCCAGGCCAACAAGAGCGUAAAGUGCUACAAUUGUGGAAAGUUUGGUCACAUGGCUAGAGACUGCCACAGCAAUACCGACAACAGCAAGGUGUGCUACAGAUGCCAUGAACAAGGCCAUAUCGCCCGUGAUUGUCCUUCUCAAAACGGAAGAGAAGACGAGGGAUCGUCUUCCUCUGGUUCUUCGGAUGAGGAUGGUGAAUCGUCGUCUGACGAGUCUUCUUGA